UCAAACAAAUCUACAUUUACAAGAAUCUUCUUACUUCUGAGUAUGACAUUGAUCUCAAUAAUUUAGGUGUACUUAUAUACGCAUAUUUGUCUCAGCAGUCAAUAUGACGAAACGUAGGUGAUUAAUUAUGGUACCUGAUUAACUUUACCAUUAGGAGCGUUCAGAACUCCAUUAUUUAAAGUUUAAAAAUUGAUCUAUAAUUUCUAGGCUUUUAUGAAUUUAUUGAGAGCAACUACUUUACGCAAUAUGGCCGAGUUAUACUUUCAAUAUAUGCGUCGCGUCAAAACAAGGAAAAACAGUUUAACAGAGAGUGGCAGGCAUUAAUGGAACAACAGUUAAAUACUAUACUUGUGAUUGUGCGGUGAAUCCUCGAUUUUAUUGAUUAAAUUUCUGUGCUGUUACAUAAUUACUUAUCAAGAUUUGACUACUGUUAAAUAAACAAGCAUUACGUACAAUGGCCGAAGUGGGACUUUGGAAGUCUGUUCUAGUAAUCCUUAUUUACGUGAUAUCAUUGAAUGGUGAAUUAAUCUGCAAGAGUCGAUAUAGUAUCCUUCAUUGUGAACCAGGGAAAAACGACUACAUACUGAAAAGAGGAAUUGUAUCAGACAAUAAUGAUACCAACUCGAUAAUCAUAAAGUUAUGUCGCAUAACAGAAGUGGAGUUAGAAUCUUUUGCAAAUAAUCCUCGCUUAAAGGUGAUAGAUUUGUCAAGAAACAAAAUAAAAGAGCUAAAGCUUGGAGUAUUUGAUGGAAUCAAAACAUUGACUCACUUGAAGAUCGCACACAAUUCAUUGACCGCGAUUCCUUUAGGAUUGUUUGACCAGUUACCCAACCUGAAAUUAUUACAUUUGAAUGAUAAUAAAAUAACUUCUCUCGCGUCAGGUAUCUUGGAUAAAUUGUCUCAUUUGAACCAUUUUGAUUUGUCAGCUAAUGGACUCUUGGGGAAAGAUUUGAAUCCUUCUCUAUUUGAUAAGAAACCAAAGUUGAAAUCUUUAUUAUUUUCAAGGAAUGAUAUGUCUCAGUCACCCGAUGAACUUUUAAGUGGUUUGCCGGCCUUGACGACUUUGGAAUUAAAUGCUUGUUCUCUAACUACAUUUCCAAAAUUUGCUACGAAACCUAAUUUAAAAACUUUGUUAUAUUUACAACUCAAUACAAACAAAAUUGAAGCAAUCGAUGAUAUAUCGACGUUCGUAAAUUUGAUAAAUCUAGAGUCGUUGGAUCUAAAAAAUAAUAGGAUCGAAAACAUUACUGUGACUGUUUUUAGCUCAUUGAGGAAUUUAAAUUUCCUUGAAAUGUCUUUUAAUAGGAUUCAGGAAAUUCCUGAAGAUUUAUUUACGAGUAUGCCUAAUUUACAAAGUAUGGAUUUGUCGUAUAAUUUUAUAGAGUAUGUUCCAUUAAAUGCUUUGUUACCUAGAUCUAAUUUAAGAACAUUGAAAUUAGUCUCUAAUAGAAUAUCAUUUUUAGAGAGUGGCUUUUUCAAGAAGCUCAGAUUUUCUAGAAGGGCCAUCUUGACCGAUUUUGAUAUCGCUGGCAAUCCUUUUCAGUGUGCGUGCCUCUUGGAAAUAAUAGAUGAAAUGAAAAAAUACAGUUUUAGGUAUAAUUCAGACAAAUAUAAUGGUAAACAUGAGGUGUGUUCAAUGACUGAUGAAUUUAUUUGUAAACGCGAUAAACUGAGUGUUUAGUAAUUUUAAGUUCUCGUAUAUUAAACUGCUUUAAUAAUAAGUUUAAGAUUAA